AAAAUAAACGGUACUAAAUCAAAUGAUCCCCGUAGCAGUAGCGUCUUCGUUUCUGUCCAGAAAUUUGAUUUUCUGAAGCUUUUAUCUGCUGAUUAAAAUUUUAAGCAAUCAAUCGAAGUCGAUUGCUUUUGUUGCAGAAUUAUGGCUGCGAAAGCCCAAUUAAUUUCAGGAUUGACCUUGCCAUUGCCACCACCGCAUACAUCCACUUCGUCUUCUUCUUCCUCCAACCACAAUAGCAGCAAUACUCUCUCUGUGGUCAAUCGACCACAUCUCACAACGUCGUUUUUCAAUGGCGGAGUUGAAGCUCUAAAAGUUAGGAUAAAGACUAAUCCUUCAAGUAGGUCUCAAUGUUAUAGACAAGGUGGAGGUGCUCUUGGCACUCGUAUGAACCUUUUUGAUCGGUUUGCUAGAGUUGUCAAGUCAUAUGCAAAUGCAAUCUUGAGUAGUUUUGAAGACCCAGAGAAAAUAUUAGAUCAGACGGUGCUUGAAAUGAAUGAUGACUUGACAAAGAUGCGUCAGGCCACAGCACAAGUGUUGGCAUCUCAAAAACGUCUGGAGAAUAAAUACAAAGCUGCAGAGCAAGCUUCUCAGGAUUGGUAUCGUAAAGCACAACUUGCUCUUCAGAAAGGAGAAGAAGAUCUUGCACGUGAAGCACUUAAAAGACGAAAAUCUUUUGCUGAUAAUGCUAAUUCCUUGAAAGCUCAACUGGAUCAACAGAAAGGUGUCGUUGAGAACCUUGUCUCUAAUACUCGGCUUUUGGAGAGCAAGAUACAGGAGGCAAAAUCUAAGAAAGAUACACUGAAAGCACGUGCUCAGUCUGCAAAAACUCAAACCAAAAUGAAUGAAAUGCUUGGGAAUGUCAAUACAAGUAAUGCUCUUUCAGCUUUCGAAAAAAUGGAGGAGAAAGUAAUGGCAAUGGAAUCGGAAGCAGAAGCCCUUGGCCAGUUAGCCACGAGUGAACUGGAUGAAAAGUUUGCCCUGCUCGAGAGCUCAUCAGUUGAUGAUGAUCUUGACAACCUGAAGAAGGAACUCUAUGGUAGCAAAGUGAAAGGAGAACUGCCGCCUGGGAGAACAACCGUAAGCAGCUCCAUUAGAGAUCCUGAGAUUGAGAUGGAGCUCAAUGAAUUGAGACAAAAGAGAAGGGAAUUCUAAAACAACUGGAAUCUGUAGUUGCAAGUACAUCGUUGGAAUUGGUCUCUUCUGCCCAAUAUUUUAACUUGUAGAGCUAAAGGCCAAAUAAUCAGCCAUUGUAUAGAUGCAUCAAACUCAAAAUAACUAGCCAUUUUUUUCUCUUCCAAAAAUUCUUAUACGCACUUGGUGUAUUUGCAAUUGGCUAAUAGGAUAUUAUUAUUCAAGUAUAUACAUUUGGCAAAUAGGAUAUCAUUAUUUUAAAUUUAAA